AUGUGGAACAUAGCAUGGAUAUUCAUUUUAGAAGCAGUGAUUAUUACAGCAGCCAAUGCCACAACAAUCGUCAUAUUCUACCGGACGCACCGUCUUCAUAGCAAACAGUACAUUAUGAUCAUCAAUCAGGCWGUAGCUGAUCUCCUUAUUGGCCUCUUGUCCGUUCCCAUGUUUACUGUUAGGUUGACAAAAGCAGUCUGGCAAGUUCAUGAUUAUUCAUCCUUCUUCASGCAUGUUUUCUACAUCCAAGAUAGUUUUCUUGGAACAGCAUCCUUAUUUGGUUUGGUAUUGUUGUCCGUUGAGCGAGCACAUGCAACUUACUUUCCAUUCAGACACUCGAYAUUAGGUAAGGUCCCCUACAUCACCGGGAUAGUCUUCAUGUGGGUUUCUCCAUUCAUCUUGACAAGUCAGUACAUUUUUUUGGUGGAAGAAAACAUCGCGAAAAAUGUUGUGAUAGCAAUUAUUGGGUUCAUUCUCGUGACCAUUACCGUCGCGUAUUCUCUCAUCGUUCUGAAAGUUCGUUGCACAACCACUCAAUCACAGGAUUUAACUACACAAGAAAAUAAAAAACUAACUGUAACYCUCGCUGUUGUUACCUUCCUAAGCCUUAUWAUGUGGUUGCCGUUCACAUGCCUGGUAAUCGGGGAUUUUAUAGGCUUCCCCUCUUAUCCGUACUUUUGCGUUAAAUUUCUCCAAUAUKGGAAUUCCCUCGUUAAUUCUGUUGUAUAUGCGUUUCGCAUGCGCAGAGUUAAGAACCAACUCUUGCGCGCAUUUCCUUGUUGUCGUAACAACCAAGUCUCAGUAAUCAGCAAAAGCGARCAGCGAACAUAUGAUGGAGUCAGAAGUACCCGAGAUCAUCAACAGUAG